AUGGCUCGUUUCGGAGAGGAGGUGGCGGCCCGCUACGGGCCCGGCGGCGGCGGGAGCGGCCCCGGGGCGGCGGCGGGGGGCCGGGGCGCGGGGGGGGGCCCACGGCAGGGCCCCCCCGGGGCGCAGCGGCUCUACAAGCAGUCCAUGGCCCAGCGCGCCCGCACCAUGGCCCUGUACAACCCCAUCCCGGUGCGGCAGAACUGCCUCACCGUCAACCGCUCGCUCUUCCUCUUCAGUGAGGACAACGUGGUGAGGAAAUACGCCAAAAAGAUCACCGAAUGGCCUCCUUUUGAAUACAUGAUUUUAGCCACCAUCAUCGCGAACUGCAUCGUCCUGGCGCUGGAGCAGCACCUGCCCGACGAGGACAAGACCCCCAUGUCGGAGCGGCUGGACGACACGGAGCCGUAUUUCAUCGGCAUCUUCUGCUUCGAGGCGGGGAUCAAGAUCAUCGCGCUAGGCUUCGCCUUCCACAAAGGCUCCUACCUGCGCAACGGCUGGAACGUCAUGGACUUCGUGGUGGUGCUCACGGGCAUCCUGGCCUCGGUGGGCUCCCAGUUCGACCUGCGGACGUUGCGGGCCGUGCGAGUGCUGCGGCCCCUCAAGCUGGUCUCGGGGAUCCCAAGUUUACAAGUCGUGCUGAAGUCCAUCAUGAAGGCGAUGAUCCCGCUGCUGCAGAUCGGGCUCCUGCUCUUCUUCGCGAUCCUCAUCUUCGCCAUCAUAGGAUUAGAGUUUUAUAUGGGCAAAUUCCACACCACCUGCUUCGACCUGGUCACAGACGAGAUCAAGGUGGAGGUCCCGUGCGGGACGGACGAGCCGGCCCGGAUCUGCCCCAACGGCACCAAGUGCAAGAAAUAUUGGGAAGGGCCCAACUACGGCAUCACGCAGUUCGACAACAUCCUCUUCGCCGUUCUCACCGUCUUCCAGUGCAUCACCAUGGAAGGGUGGACCGACCUCCUCUACUAUAGCAACGACGCCUCAGGGAACACUUGGAACUGGCUGUACUUCAUCCCCCUCAUCAUCAUCGGCUCCUUUUUUAUGCUCAACCUCGUGCUGGGGGUCCUGUCCGGGGAGUUUGCCAAAGAGCGGGAGCGGGUGGAGAACCGCCGGGCGUUCCUCAAGCUGCGGCGGCAGCAGCAAAUCGAGCGGGAGCUCAACGGAUACAUGGAGUGGAUCUCCAAGGCGGAAGAGGUGAUCCUGGCCGAGGACGAGCCCGAGGCCGAGCCCCGGCGCCCCUUCGAUGCUCUCCGGAGGGCCACCAGCAAGAGGAGCAAGACGGACCUGCUGAGCCCCGAGGAGGGCGAGGAGCAGCUGGGGGACAUCGCGGCCAUGGGGUCCCCCUUCGCCCGUGCCAGCCUCAAAAGUGCCAAGCUGGAGAAUGCCACCUUCUUCCACAAGCGGGAGCGGCGGAUGCGCUUCCACAUCCGGCGGAUGGUGAAAACUCAGGCCUUCUACUGGACCGUGCUCAGUCUGGUAGCCCUCAACACCCUGUGUGUUGCUAUCGUUCACUACGACCAGCCAGAUUGGCUUUCCGACUUCCUCUACUAUGCAGAAUUCAUUUUCUUGGGACUCUUUAUGUCCGAAAUGUUUAUAAAAAUGUACGGGCUGGGGACGCGGCCUUACUUCCACUCGUCCUUCAACUGCUUCGACUGUGCCGUUAUCAUCGGAAGCAUCUUCGAGGUGAUCUGGGCUGUUGUGAAGCCGGGAACAUCCUUUGGGAUCAGCGUGCUGCGAGCUCUCAGGUUACUGCGCAUCUUCAAAGUCACCAAGUACUGGGCUUCCCUGCGGAACCUGGUGGUGUCCCUGCUGAACUCCAUGAAAUCCAUCAUCAGCCUCCUCUUCCUCCUCUUCCUCUUCAUCGUCGUCUUCGCCCUUUUGGGGAUGCAGCUCUUCGGGGGACAGUUCAAUUUUGACGACGGGACCCCUCCCACCAAUUUCGACACUUUCCCAGCAGCAAUAAUGACGGUGUUUCAGAUCCUGACGGGAGAAGACUGGAACGCGGUGAUGUACGACGGGAUCAAAUCUCAGGGCGGCGUCAAGGGCGGGAUGGUUUUCUCCGUCUACUUCAUUGUCCUCACCCUCUUUGGCAACUACACCCUCCUGAACGUCUUCUUGGCCAUCGCCGUGGACAACUUGGCCAACGCGCAGGAGCUCACCAAGGAUGAGCAGGAGGAGGAGGAAGCCGCCAACCAGAAGCUGGCGCUGCAGAAGGCGAAGGAGGUGGCGGAGGUCAGCCCGCUGUCCGCAGCCAACAUGUCCGUGACCAUGAAGGAGCAGCAGAAGAACCAGAAAUCCUCCAAGUCGGUGUGGGAGCAGCGCACGAGCGAGCUGCGGAAGCAGAACCUGCUGGCGAGCCGCGAGGCGCUGUACAGCGAGCUGGACCCCGAGGAGCGCUGGAAGGUGCCCUACGCUCGCCACCUGCGCCCGGACAUGAAGACACACCUGGACCGGCCGCUGGUGGUGGACCCGCAGGAGAACCGCAACAACAACACCAACAAAACGCGACCCGGGGAGCCCCCGCCAGACCCCCGGUUCGGGCCGCUCCGCGCCGAGGAGCUGCGGCGGCAGCAGCCGCGCUACCCCGAGCACGGAGUCGGACCCCGGCCCGCGGACCCCGCGGGACCCCCCGGGAGCCGCCGACCCCGCAGCAGCAGCCGCGAACCCGAGAGGGAACCCAGCCAGGAGCGCGGCUACGUCGAGGGCGAGCGGCCCAAAGGGCGGCACCGCAGCCGCGACGGCCGCGCCGGGUCCCCCCCGGGCGAGCGGGAGCACCGGAGGCACCGCGGGCACCGGCGGGGACCGGAGGAGGGUGAGGAGGGAGCCAGGCCCGAGCGGCGGCCGCGGCACCGGGAAGGGGGGCGGCCACCGAGGGGAGAGGGCGACCCGGAGCACGGGGAUGGCGAGCGGCGGCGGCGGCACCGGCACGGACCCCCGCCCGGGUACGACGGCGAGGGCAGGAGGGAGGACAAGGAACGGCGGCACCGGCGGAGGAGGGAGACGCAGCCGCCCCCGGCUCCAUCGGGCCCCACGCUCUCCACCACUCGCCCCAUCCAGCAGGACCUGGGGCGCCGCGAGCCCCCCGUGGCCGAGGACAUCGACAACAUGAAGAACAACAAACUGGCCACGGCCGAGCCCCCCGAGCCGCCCGCCAUGGGCAACCACACCCCCUGCCCCCCCUCCGGGCCCCCCCGCCGGCCCCCCCCCACCACCAACCCCCCGCCCCCCGAAAAUUCCCUGGUGGUCACCAACCCCGGCCCCCCCAACAACCCCGCCAAGGCCGGGGGCAAACCGGAGCACACGGCCGUGGACAUCCCACCCCCCUUCCCGCCGCCCCCCAGCAACGCCCUGGUCCAAGUGAACAGGAACGCCAACCCCGAGCCGCUGCCCCGUAAGGAGGAGGAGGAGAAGAAGGAGGAGGAAGGCGACGGGCAGGACGAGAACGGCCCCAAGCCCAUGGUGCCCUACAGCUCCAUGUUCAUCCUCUCCACCACCAACCCGUUCCGGCGGCUGUGCCACUACAUCGUGAACCUGCGCUACUUCGAGAUGUGCAUCCUCAUGGUCAUCGCCAUGAGCAGCAUCGCGCUGGCGGCCGAGGACCCCGUGCAGCCCAACGCCCCCCGCAACAACGUUCUGCGUUACUUCGAUUACGUCUUCACGGGGGUCUUCACCUUCGAGAUGGUGAUCAAGAUGGUGGAUCUGGGGCUGGUGCUUCACCAAGGUUCCUAUUUCCGGGACUUGUGGAACAUUCUGGAUUUCAUCGUGGUCAGCGGGGCGCUGGUGGCCUUUGCCUUCACCGGCAGCAGCAAAGGGAAGGACAUCAACACCAUCAAAUCCCUGCGCGUCCUCCGCGUGCUCCGGCCCCUGAAAACCAUCAAGAGGCUGCCCAAGCUCAAGGCCGUGUUUGACUGCGUGGUGAACUCGCUGAAGAACGUCCUCAACAUCCUCAUCGUCUACAUGCUCUUCAUGUUCAUCUUCGCCGUGGUGGCCGUGCAGCUCUUCAAGGGCAAGUUCUUCUACUGCACGGACGAGUCCAAGGAGUUCGAGAAGGACUGCAGGGGCGAGUACCUGGUGUACGAGAAGGACAACGAGGUGAAGGCGCAGAAACGCGAGUGGAAGAAAUACGAGUUCCACUACGACAACGUGCUCUGGGCGCUGCUCACGCUCUUCACCGUCUCCACCGGCGAGGGGUGGCCGCAGGUCCUCAAGCACUCGGUGGACGCCACGUACGAGAACCAGGGGCCGAGCCCCGGGUACCGCAUGGAGAUGUCCAUCUUCUACGUCGUCUACUUCGUCGUCUUCCCCUUCUUCUUCGUCAACAUCUUCGUGGCCUUGAUCAUCAUCACCUUCCAGGAGCAGGGGGACAAGAUGAUGGAGGAGUACAGCCUGGAGAAGAACGAGAGAGCCUGCAUCGACUUCGCCAUCAGCGCCAAGCCUCUGACCCGGCACAUGCCCCAGAACCGCCAGAGCUUCCAGUACCGCAUGUGGCAGUUCGUGGUGUCCCCCCCGUUCGAGUACACCAUCAUGGCCAUGAUCGCCCUCAACACCAUCGUGCUCAUGAUGAAGUUCUACGACGCCUCUGACACCUACGAGAAUGUGCUCAAGAUGUUCAACAACGUCUUCACCUCCCUCUUCUCCCUCGAGUGUCUCCUCAAGAUCAUGGCCUUCGGUGUCCUGAAUUAUUUCCGCGACGCCUGGAACAUCUUCGACUUCGUGACGGUGCUGGGCAGCAUCACGGACAUCCUGGUGACGGAGUUCGGGAACAACUUCAUCAACCUGAGUUUCCUGCGGCUCUUCCGCGCCGCCCGGCUCAUCAAGCUCCUGCGCCAGGGUUACACCAUCCGCAUCCUGCUCUGGACCUUCGUGCAGUCCUUCAAGGCCCUGCCCUACGUGUGCCUGCUCAUCGCCAUGCUCUUCUUCAUCUACGCCAUCAUCGGGAUGCAGGUGUUCGGGAACAUCGGGAUCGAGGAGGAGGAUGACGAGUCGGCCAUCACCCAGCACAACAACUUCCGCACCUUCUUCCAGGCGCUGAUGCUGCUCUUCAGGAGCGCCACCGGGGAGGCGUGGCACGAGAUCAUGCUGUCGUGCCUCAGCGGGAAGCCGUGCGACGAGAACUCGGGCAUCAAGGAGGACGAGUGCGGCAACGAGUUCGCCUACUUCUACUUCGUGUCCUUCAUCUUCCUCUGCUCCUUCCUGAUGCUGAACCUUUUCGUGGCCGUCAUCAUGGACAACUUCGAGUACCUGACGCGCGACUCGUCCAUCCUGGGCCCGCAUCACCUGGACGAGUACGUGCGGGUCUGGGCCGAGUACGACCCCGCAGCCUGGUUCCGCCCCUUCAUUGGUUCGAUGAGUUUGAUUGGUUUUCAUCGAUUAAUUAUCCAUGAUCGCCCCAUCAUUUAUCGAGCCACCCGCGUGUCCCCCGCGUGUCACCCGCGUGUCCCCGCAGGCGGGGCCGACAAGCAGCAGAUGGACGCGGAGCUGCGCAAGGAGAUGAUCGCCAUCUGGCCCAACCUGUCCCCCAAAAACCUGGACCUGCUUGUCACCCCCCACAAGUCCACCGACCUGACGGUGGGGAAGAUCUACGCGGCCAUGAUGAUCAUGGAGUAUUACCGGCAGAGCAAGGCCAAGAAGCUGCAGGCCAUGCGCGAGGAGCAGAACCGGACCCCGCUGAUGUUCCAGCGCAUGGAGCCGCCGUCCCCCACCCAGGAGGGUCCCCCGGGGCCGGACUCGGCGCCCGCGGCAGAGCCGUAAGUGCCACCCGGGGUCCUCGGUGUCCUCGGUGUCGCCGGUGUCCCCGCGGGGCCGCCCUGAGCUCCGCUGUCCCGCAGGGCCGCGCGGGACGGGGACAUGAAGGAGAGCCAGUCCUGGGUCACUCAGCGCGCCCAGGAGAUGUUCCAGAGGACCGGGACCUGGAGCCCCGAGCGGGGCCACCCCGACGAUGUCCCCAACAGCCGCCCCAACUCCCAGCUGGUGGAGAUGCGGGAGAUGCCCAAGGAUGGCCACUCGGACAGUGACUACCUGCCCAUGGAGGGGCACGGCCGCGCCGCCUCCAUGCCCCGGCUGCCCGCCGACACUCAGGUGAGGGGACAGCCCCGGGUGCCACCCCCGGGGACACCAGGGAGGCUGGGCACGGACCUCAGUGUCACCACGCAAUCGGGGGACGCCCCCACCAAGGAGCGGGACCCCGAGAGGGGGCGGCCCAAGGACCGGCGGCACCGGCACCACCACCACCACCACCACCACCACCACCACGGAGGGGGCGCCGGGGGGGACCGCGAGCGCUGCGUGCCCCCCCCCGAGCGCCACGACUACGGGCGGCCCCGCUCCCGGGACCGCCGCUGGUCCCGCUCCCCCAGCGAGGGCCGGGAACACGCGGCCCCCCGCCAGGUGGGUGCCCCCCUCCGUUCCCCCCCCCUCCGCCUCUAG